AUGCCAACUCCCUUAGAUAAUGCGAUGAAGUCCAAGAACCUUUUCUUGGCCUUCGGGGGCCUGGUCACAGCCGUCGGCGUCUGGUCCAUCUGGGGCGGAGACUUGUUUCCCUCGCAAGACGACCCAACUGGAGAACCAGAUUCUUGGACACGCGAGGAUAUGCGAAGAUGGCUUGCUGCUCGCCUUGCCAAUUUCCUCGACCGGCCUCUCUUCCCGUGGAAGAAGCUCAUCAUCGGUUUCUCAGUCGCGCAAUAUCUGUUCGAAGGUUUCCUGUCCCUGCGUCAGUACCAAGUCUUGAAGAAGAACAAACCACCAAAGGUAUUGGAACAGCAAGUCUCGCAAGAAGUAUACGACAAGAGCCAGGCGUACGGUCGCGCCAAGGCGAAAUACGAACUCGUCAGCGGUCUCUACAGCCAAAUACAGAACAUUGCCUUCAUUCACUUCGAUAUCCUCCCCAAGCUGUGGUCAUGGAGCGGUCACCUUCUCCUCCGCUUCGCGCCCGCCCGCUUUACCGGUGAAAUCUCGCACUCGAUCGUCUUUGUCCUGGCCUUCACACUUGUUUCGCAGAUCCUGUCCCUGCCGACUUCUAUCUACCACACGUUCGUCCUCGAGGAGAAGUUCGGCUUCAAUAAGCAAACGCCCCAGCUCUUCAUCUCGGACAAGCUCAAGUCCCUGGGUCUGACUGUUGUCCUAACUCCGCCGAUCCUGGCCGCCUUCCUCGCGAUCAUCCAGAAGACCGGCAAGCAGUUCUUCUACUACCUCUGGCUGUUCGGUGCUGGUCUCCAGGUCUUUAUGAUUACCAUUUGGCCAAUCGUGAUCACACCCCUGUUCAACAAACUCACGCCCCUGGAACCCGGUUCUCUGAAGGACAAUGUCGAGGCUCUCUCGGCGAAGCUCAAGUUCCCUCUGACCGAGCUGUAUGUCAUUGACGGCAGCAAGCGGAGUGCACACAGCAACGCCUACUUUUUCGGCAUGCCUUGGAAGAAGCAUAUUGUCAUCUAUGACACCCUGAUCGAGAAGAGCGACACUCAGGAGGUUACUGCUGUGCUUGCCCACGAAUUGGGCCACUGGAGUUUGGGUCACACCACGAGACUCUUUGGCAUUUCUCAGUUCCACUUCUUCUAUAUCUUCUCUCUGUUCUCCGUCUUCAUCAACAACCAGUCUUUGUAUGCAGAUUUCGGCUUCACGGCCACGCGGCCCAUCAUCAUCGGCUUCAUCUUGUUCUCUGAUGUCCUCGCGCCUAUGGACGUGUUAAUCAAGCUGGGCAUGAAUAUUCUUAGUCGUCGUUACGAGUUUCAGGCUGAUGCCUUUGCACGCAACCUGGGAUACUCGGCGGAUCUGGCCAAGUCGCUCAUCAAGCUGCAGGUGCAGAACCUCAGCACUAUGGAUGCCGACUGGAUGUUUGCUAGCUACCACUUUUCGCACCCCAUCUUGACCGAGAGGCUCAAGGCUCUUGAUUGGCAGCCCACCGAGAAGGUGGCUGUGGAAGAGAAGGAUGGUGUCGCGAAGGCAACGGGGAGGGAUGAGUUGUAAGUCUCUGUCUAGGUCUACUCGCAAGAGGACUAUGAGAUCAUCUAGCGCAAAUCAACUGGAAAGAUUGAAUUAUGGAAUUGUUUAUAUACC